AUUCAAUCCAUUAACACACGAAUUUCAAAGAAUUGUUGAAAUACAUAACUGAAUAAAACUAGAAUUUAGUUGAAACUUAGAUUUCUUUAGAUUCAUUUAAACUUCUAAUACCACACCUUAAAAUAAUAAAAUAAAAUAAAAAUAUUUGAAAUAAUUUUCUUUUUUAAAAAUGGUUGAGAUAUUUAAAAGGUUAUCGAAUUUUAGUUUAAGAUAUUUUGUGGAAUCAUAAACAAAAAAUUUAAUAUCUAAUGAGAAAAAGGAAAGGAAAAGAAUUGUUAUUGCCGUCUUCCUCAAGAUUCGUUAGGGUUUAUAUAAUGUCAAUAAGACCAUCGCCAUCCUCAAGAUUCCCUUGAAAAGAAAAAUAUUGCAUUGCUAUUUUGGCUGCAAUGAUUCAGAGUUCCAUCAUCUUACUCUAAUAGCUUUGUUUGGUUUUCCUUUUUAUAUAUAAAGAGUAGGUUUGGUUUUGGAUGCUACUUUAGGCCAGGGAGUACUGAAACUAUAGAACCCCUUUUUGUCUUCUGCGUGUCUGGUUUCCAGAUUGCGCUAAUGGACAGAAUCAGUCACUUACCUGAGGAAAUCAUAUCGAAGAUAUUGUCUUUUCUUCCGACCAGAGAUGUAAUGCGAACUAUGUUUUUGUCUAAAAGCUGGAAGUCUCUCUGGAUACUGGUACCAAGACUUGAGUUUGAUGACACUCACUUUCUACGUGGGGGUACUUCAAGGGCCUCUCAUUAUGGAAACUUUCGGCGGUUUGUGGACAGAUCUUUGCUGUCACACGCAGCCGCAGGUCAAGUUCUUCAAAGUCUGUCUCUCAGAUCAGCUCACAAUGUCACACGUGAUGAUGUUGAGAUUUGGCUCAGAACCGCGGUGAAACUUGGUCUAAAGGAGCUGAAACUCGUAAACUUUGUUGAUUAUCGUGGUCUUGGUCUAAGAAGUAUAUACACUUGUGAAACGCUUGUGGUCUUGAGACUCGAAAAGUCUACUUUGGAUGUUCCUGAUCACGUUUGCCUAAGAUCUCUGAAAACUUUAUCCCUCAUAUAUAUGACUUACUCUAGCCCCAAUUCUCUCCUUAGAAUGUUACCUAGUUGUCCUGUUCUUGAAGAAUUGUUCCUACAGCAAACACAAGCCUAUCAGACCAAUGUGCUGAGUCUUAAGAUUAUGGUGCCUUCUUUGAAGAGAUUAUCUUUGAUUUCCGAAGGUUAUCGACCCACAGGAGAUGUGAAUCUUAUGAUAGAUACUCCUUCCUUGAAAUCCUUGCAAAUUGUAGAUCGUUCAGGCAACUUUUCAUUUAGCGAGCCAAUGAACAUCAACCAAGUGCUGAAAGCCAAUGUUGAUGUUAUUCUCAAGCGUCCUGAGAAGCUUCUGCAUUCUCUUGCUUCAGUCGUGCAUAUUCGUCUAUGUUUAUCAGCUUCAGAGGUGGUGUAUCCUGAUGGGUGUUGCUUCCAUAGACUCAAACAUUUGGAGGUAUGUACAUGCAAAUCAGAGUGGCUGUUACUAUUUAUGCGUGUGCUCCAAGAUUCACCUGUCUUAAAGGUUAUCAAAAUCAACCAGUGUCAUCCUGUUAUUAAUCCACGGACUCGUCACUGGAACCAACCGGGCUCUGUUCCAAGAUGUUUCUCCUCAAAUCUUGAAUAUUUUGAGUGGGUAAAUUACGAAGGAACACAAUACGAGAAACAACUUUCGACGUACAUCUUGAAAACCGCAGUUUUCUUAAAGAAGGCGAGCUUCACUGCUAGUUCCGGUGAUGAUUACAAGGAGAAACUGCAGAUGCUUCAGGAGUUAUCUUUUUCACGAAGGGCUUCAUCCACUUGUGAGCUUGUGUUUAACUGAAUAGCUCAUGCUGAUCACUCUAAGGUCAAACCCUCUGCUCGGAUGCUUUCUCAACAAGUCAUAUAUCUUCUCGUGUUCUUUUGACUAAAAAUCUAUCUGCAUCAAAUAGUGUCUGCAAGACUGCUAGUGUCAUCUCUUUUGGAGUUUUGGGUUUUAGGUUUCAUAUUAAACUCUACAGAUUUUAUUACACAUCUCCAAUUAAUUUACUAUAUUUUUUGCUCUAAAUAGAAUAUUAUAAUACAUGUGAAAUUUACUCUGAUGUAUUACUCGAAAAUAGUAUUCCUCUGUAUUUGGGAUGAAAAAUAGAAAAAAAUACUAUUUAAAAAAAACGAAUAUUAUUUUAGAAGAAUAAAUAGAGGUGAAUUUGAGUA